CAAAUUCCAUAUACCUCUCUCUGGGCACAUGGAGCAAGCGGAUUUCUGUGCCGUCUGUGCUGGACUGGAAGAGCCAAGACAUUUUCUGUACGUCCAACACCAGAGACUUCUGAGGACGUCGAUGCAAAUAUUCCUUCUGACAAUGUGGCGUCUGUGGGGAUGUAUGGAAAGGCCGGUGAUACUUGUAUGUGCUAAUAACAAAGCACCUCUUUUUUUUUUUUUUUUCUUUUUUUUUUCUUUCUUAGCUUCCUUUACAAUCUCUCCUCGUACAGCGGACAACAUCACAGUUAUGAUUAAACUGAGACCCGGUGUUUCACCAAGCUGUCAAAUUCGUGUUAAAAAUGUCAUCAGGUCUGAACUCAAGAUAAAGCCUGGGGAGAACGUGACUUUUACCUUCACUUGUAGUACUCCAGAGAAACAUUUCGUCAUGGAAAUUCAGAAAAAUAUUGACUGUGUGUCAGGCCCGUGUCCCUUCGGAGAUGUUCAUCUUUACCCACUGGGGCUACCUCGCCUUAACAGGACUUUCAUCUGGGACGUGAAGGCAAGUACAAAGGCUGGACUUGAACUGAAAUUUUCUGCCCCGUGGCUAAGACAGAUUGAACCAGGAGAGAUGUGCCCAGAUUUUGUUAGCUACAACAUCAAUAGCUGUAUCGACAUGGCCACGGUCAACAUUGGCACCUUCUGCAGGAAUGGCUCGGUGUCUCGCGUCAAGCUGCUGGGAGGAGUUGUUAUGUCUCUGCACCUCCCGUGGGACUCACCUCUCACCACCUCAGGCUUCAACAUAGCUAACAGGGCUUCCAUAAAACGGUUAUGCAUUAUUGAAUCGAUUUUGAAGGGGGAGUCUUCAAUCACGCUGAUGUCCCCAAACUACCCGCUGGGCUUUCCAGAAGACGAGCUCAUGACAUGGCAGUUUGUGGUUCCUUCCAACAUGAGAGCAAGCGUGUUCUUCCACAACUACAGCCUUUCCAACUGUGAAAGGAAAGAGGAGAGGGUAGAGUACUACAUCCCUGGCUCCCUCAGCAACCCGGAGGUGUUCAAGCUGAGCGACAGCCAGCCUGCCAAUAUCGCUGGCAGUUUCAACCUGUCCCUCCAGGGCUGCGAUCAGGAUGCCCAGAACCCAGGCAUCCUCCGCUUGCUCUUCCAAGUCGUCGUUCAGCACCCGCAGAUUGAUGAGAAUGUCACCCAUUUGGUCGACCUGAGCAAAGAGUGGAAUAUGACUGUAACGAUACACUUUGAAGGGUGGCCCAGACACAUCCCGCUCAUGUCUGAACCAAUAUGCCUGAUCUGUAAGGAUCCUCGCACCUGCGACCGCGUCUUGACUUUAGUGUCUGGCGCGGUCUACGAGAUCUCCUUUCUGUGCAAGGACUUGUCCCAUCUGAGGAUCACAGCUGAAAAAGGCAUAAGCUGUGUCGAUCUUCGAUGGUGUCAGAGGAAGAUCUAUUCCCUUUCAGUGCCCAAGGCUAUUACCCAACUGCCAAUUCGACUGCAUAAGUUUAUUUGGAAGCUCUUGGCUCCCGAUCUGGUCAACAUAGAAAUUACAUCUCCAUCCUUAAAACUUCAGCAACACGUCCCAGAGCAGAGGUGCAACACAAGCUACAGUUACAGCAUUGCUAGUGCCACCCCAGAGACAGAGUUGAAUGUUGGUAUAUUCUGUCCUGGUGGAUCCAUUGAAAAGAUUCAGAUGAGGAAUAAUAUCACCAUAUCCUUAAAAACAUUUAGUAAAGGAUUCCUCAAUGAGUCUAACCAUCAGGAUCUGAAAAUGUCUUUUGUGCCACAUAUUAAAGAUGAGUGCACUUUCACUGUGAGUCCAGAUCCAAAAGCUAAAGUUUACUUGCAGACUCCCAACUGGCCUUAUGGUCUACCUCCUUAUGUCUCCAUAUCGUGGUACAUCCUGGUGCCCAGCAAGCAAGUUGCCCGCCUCGGGUUCUCCAAGGACCGCAUGGGCAUUGCUUGUGAGACAGGCCGUGCCUAUGUCAACAUAAAGGAAGAGACGUUGGGGGCAGAGGAGACCGUGUGCCGUGAGGAUGAGCUUCUGCCCGAGCCCCGAAAUAUGUAUCACAACUUUUGGGUCAAUGUCUCCAACUGUAAACCUGUGGAUAAGACGCAACUGACCUUGCAGUUCUGGGUGACUUUUGCUGACAAGCAGAUAGACCUAGGAGUGAUACUUGCUGUGGUGGCUGGGGCUGGAGUUCUUGCAGCUAUUGGACUGACUGUGUGCUGUGUUAAGAAGAAGAGGAAGAAAAACCAGAACCCCAUGGUGGGAGUGUACAAUCCUAACGUGAAUACCCAGGUGCCUGGGAAACAAGGCUUAUUCACAAAAGGGAGGAAAAACAACGAGUCUCAUGUCUAUGCAGUUAUUGAUGAUGCUAUGGUCUAUGGGCACUUGCUGAAGGAAUCCAAUGGCUCAGUUGCUCCAGAAGUUGAUGUAUACCGGCCUUUUGAUGGACCCAUUGGUAGCGUGCCACCUUCUCCACCUCCAUUAUACUUCAGAAAAGACGUUAAACGCUCUUCUAACGCUGAGGAACCUCCACCUCUGACGGACACAGACCAUGACACUUACACAUUUGCUCAUCAGAAAUCAGGGCAAUCAGAGGACAAUGGAGAUACAAAUGAAAAGAAUAACGGAGAUAUGAGCGUGUCCUUGCUGGAAAAUAAGGAACAGGAUGGUUUAGUGGAGUAAUUUUACGCCAGGUAUAGCAGUUUCCUGUGGAAAUACAGGUGUAAGGACAGGGGUCUAGGAAAAAAAACUGAAGAGGAGUGUUAUUUUUAAAUGUGUUUUGAUGUUGUUUUGUUUUGUGUGUUGUCUGUUGUUUGGUUUUGUGGUUUUUUUAAACUUCAGCUGUUGAUAGCUUUCAGUUUUAGAGUGAACAUCUAGCAAACUCAAAACCAGUCGAGACGCUCCAGGACUGCCUGCACUUCUGGUUGCGAAACAGGUGGCAAAGGUAUGCUUCUGCUUUUUAUUAUAAAGACGUCAGGCAAAUGAAUUCCUAACUGCCAGCUUAAAAGUGUGGCAAUUAAUAGACUGGGGAGAAGUGUUUUGUCCAGUAUUUCCUCCUCUCACAAGUCAUUUGUUCCUGGGUGUUGGUUGGUGAAUCUUGGAAGAUGUAGGCUACAUUGCCAUCUCAAGGCAGCUCCAGGUUGCAGAGAUGUCUAAGCAAUCUGCUGAUGUCUGAGCAAAGGAGGGGACACUGUCAUUUCUACCACUUGCUGCUUGAAAAUUCAUCAUAUUUAGGAUGCUGGUAGCUAUUAAGUGUAGUGAAAAACCAUUUAUGCUGCCUGGAAGAGCUCAGUGAGCAUAAAUCAGUGUGAACACUUGAGCUUGGGCUCUUCUAGUUCGGAAGUAAAGCUACAGGUUUUCUCUAAUUUCCAACUGAUGUUGUUAUACUUGGAUAGCACUGUGUGAACCUACACCAAAGACUGUUUUCUUUGAUUUUUUACAAAAAUGAUUUCAAAAGUCUAAAGCAAUUUGCACUUCUGUUCAGAUGCCUGUAGCAUUCACAUUUUACUAAUAUCUCGUGCUUUUGGUUCAAGUAAGAGUAAGGAUUCAGUGAAGAAAUGAUGAUGUGAUAAUCCAGCUGUUUACUAAUGCUUUUCACUUCACCUGUUAGAGAUACUUGGUUAUUUAAUAAGGAUUAAAAAAAGGGGUAAAGAAAAUUGUUUCCAGCAGGCGGUUUCUCUGAAAUGCAAAGAAUGAGAGUGAAUCCAUAAGGAAAGCCUAGAUUUUUUGGCUUUUUUUUUUAUCAGUCUGAAUUUAACAACCAUGUUGAAAUGAUGCUGGGGACAGCUCUCGACUUAUAGCGGGACUUACACUUCAGGUGUCUAGAAGCCUUUGAAAGGUACCUCUUGAAAUCAGAUAAAUAAUAGGUCUCACUUUUAAGUGCAGUAGUUAGCAUGCCCCUCAGUUUCUGUGCCUUUUAAAACUUGAGGGCCAGAUCUUUGUGCAGAGGACUAUGGCUGUAUGAAUAAAGUUGCCUUUUAUAUACAAACAUCUAGCUUGUCCAGGUGUGCAGUUACUGAGGAUGUUUGCAAAUUUGCGUGCAGCACUAGACUCGAUGACUUGAGAAUUUCUCUCCAAAUGUCCUACCGUGACUGUUUCUUGCCUAGUGAUACACAGGUGCCAUAAAACUUUCAGACAGUGUUGCAUGCAAUAAUGUUAAACAUAUAAUAAUGUCUAAAAUGAAAAUGUCUUUACUAGAAACCUUACUGUUUACAUUUAAAAUAAAUGCGGACUUCUUCCUGUGUUAACUAUGCUGGCAUUGCAAAUUGGCUAUUUAUGGUCAAGUGUGUGUAUUUAAGAGAGUAUAUCAUUGUACUGCGUGGACUUCUGUAAGAUUCAGUAUAAUGUCAUAUCGGUCUCAGUUUUCUGUAGCAUAUAGCAAAAUGCAUGCCAGCUAAAAGCACCUAUUAAUUGUUUCAGGUAUUUUCCUGCUUAUGUUUAUCACUUUUAAUAUAGAAAUGUGUAUUCCUAGAUAUCUGGCUAGUCACCGGAAUUGCAUAUUUCAAAGUGUACUGUGUCAUUUUAAUGCCAUUUGAGAACUUAAAACGAUUUCUGCAAUAGUGAUACCUGUUUUUCUCAGGUAACUGAAUUGCCACAAUACAUUUUUAUCAGAGUAGUCCAGUUAUGCGUUUGGUCAAUGUUUCUCACUUCUCUUUUAUUGAAAAGGAAUGAGAAGUCUGCAAGGGAAAUUCAAGGCUGUCUCAUCUCUCUAGCUCAGUUUCUGCAGUUGCUUAGAUGAAAUUUUUUAGUUCAUGUUCUUUCUAACCAACUGAAGAAAACGUAAUGGAGAUCGGACUUUUGUUCACAACCUUUUGAUCUUUGAAGGAAGAAUAUGAUGCUUGUUGACUGGUAUUUUUAUUUGUUCUAUUUUAACUCAGCUGUUGGCAUGGCAAUAUAAACUGUAGUUUACAGUUGUUUCCAGUCUAAGGUUGACUUUCACUGUGCGUAUUUUGGUAUGUUUAGAGUAAGAGUUCAGGCACAAAUUCCAGUUUGCUUUUCAUUAAGAGAAAGUUGUGACUUUUUAAAAAAAUAAAUAAAAUAUAAUCGUACUACCAGCUGGAGUAACUAGUGCAUGUCUUUCUCGUGUGUGUGUGUAAACUCAGCCUCGAGUAUUUUGACGUCUGACUGUUGGUAGCUACGCCAUCUCCCUGGACAACAGAAGCUGGUUUCUAGAGAAUCUAGGGAUUUGCUGGGACAAUAUACUGCUGACUGUGCAUGUCCUUUUUCUCACAUAGCCUGUUGUAUGCCAUUAAUUGCUGUUUUUAAAGGCAUGUGUUUAGAUCGUUGGGGAGAAGGGUUGUAAAAUAUUUGAAGCUUUCAUAUGAAAAUAAAUGGCUCAGUGGCUUCUCA